CUGAGAUCUGCCCCAAGCCCUACUCCUUCACCAUCCCCGAGAACUGCCCUGAGACCUGUCUGAAGACUUACUCUGAGACCUGCUCUGACACCUGCCCCAAGCCCUGCUCCUUCACCUUCCCCAAGACCUGCCCCGAGACCUGUCUGAAGACCUGCCCUGAGACCUGCUCUGAGAUCUGCCCCAAGCCCUGCUCCUUCACCUUCCCCAAGACCUGCCCCGAGACCUGUCUGAAGACUUACUCUGAGACCUGCUCUGACACCUGCCUCAAACCGUGCCCUGAGACCAGUUCCAAAUCCAUAAUCAUUCCAGGUCAUUGUGGUACAGUUGCUCCCAAAGCCUACAGUGUUUAUGGCUGCGGUUUUGGAGGAAGGACACGCAUCUCUUCCUGCUCUUUUCGUUCGAAUACUUGCUCCCCAUGUCCACCAUACAGAAUUGAUGGAGCAUACAGAUGUCACGGCAGACUGUACAGUGGAGGACACGAUGAAAGAUUUGGUGCAAGAAUCAUGGCUGGAGGGUGCUAUGGAAGAGAUUAUGACUACCUCCAGAAGACCGAGAAGGCCACCAUGCAAAACCUGAAUGACCGUCUGGCAUCCUACCUAGAUAAGGUGCACUUUCUGGAGACUGCCAAUGCCACUCUGGAGAGGCAGAUCCGCGAGUACUAUGAGAAGAAGGGGCCGGUCUGCCAGAGGGACUACAGUUGCUACUUGAAAACCAUCGAUUGCCUUCAGGAAAAGGUACAACAUGGAAGUUUUGAGACAAUUAAGGAUGCUACCAUCAACAACGGCAAAAUCCUCCUGCGUAUCGACAACUCUAAAUUGGCUGCUGAGGACUUCAGGAUAAAAUAUGAGAAUGAGUCGUUGAUACGGCAGUGUGUGAAGGCUGACAUUGAUAACCUGCAUCGCAUACUUGAUAAGACAUGCCUGGCAAAGGCCGACUUGGAGAUGCAGACCUGCGCUCUGCAGGAGGAGCUGGUAUAUUUGAAGAAAAGUCACCAGGAGGAUGUGGCAGCACUACUGUGUCAGUUAACAAACACAAAAGUGUGUGUGGAAGUGGAUGCUGCUCCUCAACAAGACCUGAACAAGGUUUUGGAAGACAUCCGUUGUCAUUAUGAGACCAUCAUAGAUAAACACUGCAGAAAACAGGAGUGCUGGUUCAAAGAGAAGAUGGCAGAUCUGUGUAAAGAUGCUGCCACCAACACAGGGUGCCUAGAAACCUCUAGGUCAAAGAUCUCAGAUUUGCGACGUACUUUGCAGAGCCUGGAGAUCGAGCUACAGUCUCAAAUCAGCAAGAAAGGAGCACUGGAGUGCUCACUGUUGGAAACAGAGGCUAGGUACAGCGCUAUGCUAGCAGGCUUUCAGAAGCAUAUCAACUCAUUGGAGGCAGAGCUUUGUCAGGUGCGCUCUGGCAUUGAGCAGCAGGGCAGAGACUAUGCUGUACUGCUGGACAUCAAAAGCCGUCUGGAGCAGGAGAUCGCCACUUACAGGUGCCUCCUGGAAAAUCAGGGCGUUCAGUAAGUUCAUCUUUUUAUUUCAAACAACUGAACAACACAAGGAUGGGG